AUGUCCCUCUAUGUGCCAGCAGCGUUCCUUGCGGUCGGCGCCCUCCUCUUCGUCUUUCGCUUGCUCAACCGCGGCGGCAUCAAACAUAUCCGUGGCCCCCCGUCCCCUUCUUUCAUCCUCGGUCAUGACGCCGUGAUCGCUCGCCAAGAAGUGGGUACCCUAGAUAUACAGUGGAUGAAAGAGUAUGGUCCUACUUGGCGAGUUCGAGGUGCCUUCGGGACGGACGUUCUCAUGAGUGCAGAUCCCAAGGCUAUCCAGCACGUAUUCCAGAAGUCGGCCGAAGAAGACGUCCCAGAGUUUCAUGCAUUGGCUUCUAGCAGGUCUUGGCAUCGCGGCCGUCGUCACGACCACCAGCGUCAGCGGAAGAUAAUGAGCCCGGCGUUCAGCGUACCCCAGCUCCGGAGUUUCUUGCCUCUAUUCCAGCGCAUUGCGGCCAAGCUUUCGAACAAAUGGAAGGGAGAGCUCGUAGCUACUGGUGAGCUAAGCCUCCUGCUGGAAAAAUGGCUGUCGCGUGCUACACUGGAUGUGAUCGGAGAAGCGGCAUUCGAUUACAACUACCAUGCUCUUGAUGACGGAGAACGCAACGAGAUUUCGAAAGCCUAUGCGAACAUCUUCGCUGACGCGAGCUACAUGCCGUCGACGGCAUCCUUGUUGUUCCGUGCUGCUUGGGAUUACAUUCCUACCCCUGUCCUCAAGUUGACCAGAUAUAUUCCACUCAAUCCUUAUACCCGCAUGCGCAAGCUCAAUAACAUGUUCCGGGAGUACGGCAAGCAGAUCCUCCGAGAGCAGGGUCCUGAGGUGGAUACGGAGAAGGUCAACAGCAAGGACGCGAUGAGCAUUCUCAGUGAGGGUCUAACCCUAGCGUUCCUUGCGUUCACGGGUACAGUGGAACUCACGAGGGAUUUUCCAGUCAAGGCGAAUCGUUCCGCGGACUCCAAGACGCGCCUGGACGACGAGGAACUCAUCGCCGAGAUGUUCACGCUCACACUCGGUGGCCACGAAACCACCUCCACCACGCUCACAUUCCUCCUUUACGAACUGGCGAGGUACCCCGAGUAUCAAGAGCGCAUGCGUCAGGAGAUCAGAGGUGUUCGUGCCAAGGUCGCACAACGCGGCGAAACUGAAUUUUCCACCGAGGACCCAGAAUCGCUGACUCUCACGAACAAUGCUAUCAAGGAGACCCUUCGGUUCCAUCCGAUCGUCAUCAGUCUUGCUCGUGUCGCCCUCAAAGACGAUGUGAUUCCCCUCACGUAUCCGAUUGUGUCGACGACGGGCGAGACGAUCAGAGAGAUACCGGUCAAGGCCGGACAGGUAUUCUCUGCGUCGUUUAUCGGAUACCAACGCCUGACGGAAGCCUGGGGCGAGGACGCCAAUGAGUGGAACCCAGACCGCUUCCUCCGCAGUGAGAUCUCCAAGCAGCCUGCGAAUGUCAGCGUUUUCGCAAAUCUGGUUCUGGAGAUGCAAGCGUUCCUGGCCGAGCUGGUGGAGACCUUCCAAUACUACCCGCCGAAGGCAAAGGUGGAUAUUCAGCAGGCUAUGGCCGGUAUUUUUUCGUUCCCUGCCAUCCGUGGUAAGGUGGACCAGGGUAGCGCGCUGCCAAUCGGUAUCUCGCUUGCGCAGUGA